AUGUCGCUCCAAGAAUUUGAAGAUGAACAUGGUCUCCGCCCGAUUGCUGAUCCCUUUUGGGCCAAAUUACCUCAUGCCGACAUAUUUACAAGUAUCACGCCAGAUGUUCUCCAUCAACUGCACAAGGGAAUGUUCAAAGACCACCUCAUGACAUGGUGUUUGGAUUACCUUGGCAAAACGGCGCUCGACUCACGCUAUCGCGGCAUGACCCCUUAUGGAGAUCUCCGCCACUUCAAGAAGGGGGUGUCCACCGUCUCGCAGUGGACAGGAACCGAGCAUCAAGAGAUGGAAAGAACAUUUCUCGGAGCGCUUGCCGGUCUUCUCAGCUCAAAGGCAAUGACGGCAGCACGCGCACUUGUUAGCUUCAUCUCAUAUGCUCAGUAUCAGUCGCAUACUUCGGAGACUCUUGCAGCUAUGUCGAAAUCUUUGCGCGACUUUCACGCUCACAAGUCUGUUUUUAUCACCGAACUCCAGGUGAGGGACGACUUCAACAUCCCCAAACUCCACGCCAUGCUCCACUACAUUGAAUCAAUACAGCUUUUUGGAAGCGCUGACGGUUUUAACACCGAGAGCCCAGAACGUUUACACAUUGAUUUUGCGAAGCGGGCAUAUCGCGCCAGUAACAAACGCGACUAUAUUUACCAAAUGACGAUGUGGCUCCGCCGACAAGAAGCAUUUCUUAUUCGGUCGUCUUAUCUUGCAUGGCUCCAACGCGGCGAGAUC